CAGUACAGUGGGUGAUAUUUUAGAACUUUACCUGUCUCACUUCGCCACAAGAUUAACACAGGCCUGUUUGACUACUCCAGGUAUAUCUAUCAUUCAAAACUGCAAGAGGCCGAGUCACUGUUUAGUUCCAAGAAAUGGGUGUUUAUGUCAAACUUCAGAAAGCUUUUAUAAUCACUAGUCUAAAUGCUGCCUGAAGAUUCCAAGCUAUCAAGAAAAUGGCUUCAUCAAUCAGUGCUCAGCAACCUUGACAAGACAAAGAGGAUAAAUCAAGCAUCAAUGUGGACAGACAUGGAUGAAAAUUCACCAGGAACAGUAACAGAUGAUACGUCUACCUCUCUCCAUACAAAGAACAGAGACUAUAAGCAACAAAGUAUUCAAGAAUGGCUCAACACUAGCUGCAUAUUACAUCCAAAUGAGCAGCAGUCUCAGAGCCCACAGAGAACAGGUAUCAUGAGCAGGGUGAACAGUGCGGAAGAUGACUUGAUGCUGGGUGUAGAAGCUAAUUUAUAUCCAAGUGGAAUACAGAACAUGCAGGAAUAUAUGAGAUCCUUGCACACUUGCUCGGAAAAGCGUACACUGUCAAGAUGGAACAGCACAACGUCAGCAAUCUCAGCGACCAGUGGGGCCAAGAGUGUUAUUGAAUUACUGAAUAUCUGGAAAGAUGACCCUGAGGAACUCCUCCUAGAUCUUGGUUUUGGUAAAGAAGAGGCUGACAUCUCAAUGAAGGUCCCUGCUCGUUUCUUCAAUACCUCUUCAGUUGCAUGUGGGAUAAAUUUAGGAGUAUUUCUGGACGCACAAAAGCUACGGAUUCAAAUGGAGAACCCUGAUCUGUAUGGUCGUUUCCGGCAACUAGAAGUCUUACAACAAGUAAAUAAUGCAUUCUCCUCCUUGUUAAUGAAGACAAACAAUGAAAAUCCAUCAUCUGAACUCAUUACUGAGGAGAAACAAAAGCUGGAUACAAAAAGGAAAUGCAGAAAAUUGCUGAGGAAAAUGUCCCAGAGUAUGAACCGUUCUCCAAGUUUCACAGGGAGUGAUGAGAAAUCUUCAUCAAUGGAUAGACAGGCUACUUUCCAAUGUGCUCACCAGUCUAUACCUGAGGACAGUGUUUUGGCACCAUUGACAGUCAGACAGAAUGAGGCUGAGAACCAAACUUCUGAUUUGCCUCUUAAAGUGAAGGAGGGCCAAGAUAAUCUCUUGGAGGAAAUGACUGCCAAAGACCGAGACAGAAGAACCCGACUGACUAUGUACCAGACAAAGAAAUGGAAACUCUGUACAGCUGAUCAGCCACCAGAUUCCUUUGAAAUGGAGGAGGUCCAGAGUUUUGAGGAAGAUAGUCCUCCAAAAAUGGCUGUGAGCAGAAUAUAUUUAGAUGUGAAAAGAGAAAAUAGCUGUCAGUCAGACAGUAGUGGAUUUCUGGAGGAUCCAUUCAUCCCAUUGCAGAUCCACCGUACGCAACGUGAUGUUAGCAAAGACAGCAUGAGCAGUCAAGACACAUGCCAAGAAAACAGGCAGUGGUCAUCCCAGUGCUCGAAUGCUGAACAAGCAACAGGUGACUUUCCUGGUCAAAUCUGUGUCCCUGGGUCUGUCGACAGUGAUCAGUUGCAGUGUGCAGGAGCAUGCAUCAUGUCACGUGUUUUACAAGAAGAGAAGAUAUUAACUGUGGAAAAUCUCAACAGCCAUUCUCCUACUUCCUCUAAUCAGCAAAGUAUGGAAUCUCCAUGUGCUGUAAAAAGCCCUGGGGAGAUAAAUGGCUUAAGUGGCUUACACACCACUACUCUAGAGAACACAAACCACUCUUCAGUUUUUAAUACCAAUACUUGGCUGAGUAAUGAGAUCCAGGUUCAAAACAAUGCUGGAGGCUCUCAGGAUGAUAACUCGAAGAAAAAUAAUGCAACAAGUGUGAGCAACUUGAAUACAAAUCGAGAGAGCACUAAGAUUGUUUCAGAAUAUUUUGCUGCUACAAGCAAAUUAGUAACCUUCCAAAUUCCUCAAGAUAAUUUGCAACCAAGAAACAUCAUGGAAUUUCAUUCUUUGGAACCAUUUUCAUUUCAACCAAAUGAAGAUACUUCUCAGUGUGACAGCACGCACAGAGAAAACAGAGUCAAGUUCAGAGAUGCAGCAGCGCAGACUGAUGAAAACACUAGAGAGUCUACUUCUGAAAAAAGUCAACAUGGUGAAGUGAAGAACCUCAACUUACUUGCAAUGGAAUUUCAAUUUGGUAGACUGCUCACAAAAUCAAUGUCAUUGGAUACUGGACUUCAUAAAGUUGAAACGAUUGUUCAGGAGCCAAUUUCUAAAUCUCCAGCCCACUGUCACCACUGUCCCCACUGUCCCCACUGCCACCACUGUCACCACUGUUGCUAUCUUCACCAUCGUUGUCCAUCAACAUGCUUCAGUAGAAAGGACACAAAUUGUCAAUCAAAGACUCCUCUAUCAUACUCUGAAACACAGUUGAUCAAAACCUUGCAGCAAUUACAACAAGCAACACAAAUCAUCUCUACGUCCCCAAAUGCUAUAUGGGAAAUUGAGACGAUGAGGAAAUCUCUACAGGGUUUUCGGAACAGGUUGGUGGAACUGGAGCAGGACAUCAUUGAACAGCAGGCUUCAGUCUACAAUAUUCUAACAGACAACGAGAGAGAGGAUGUGAAACGACUGCAGGCAUUACGUCGAGCAGUACGUCAAGAAAUUACAGAGAUGGAGAUACAGCUGGGUGACCGGGCUCGGCAACUUGGAGAUGGGAUGAGGAUGUUGCAGAGCUUGGUGGAGGAGCAAUCCGCCUUCUGUUCAUAUGCAGAGGUACUGAGGCAAACAGGGAGUACAACAUCAGAGACUUGGCCCUUGUCCUCAUCCAGCUAUGCAAUACCGACACUACCAACCAGUUCACAAGAGCCUGACUGCAAUGCCGGAAUAAUUCUCCCAGUGCAUUUGGUUUCAGCACUUAACCCAACUGAUUCAGUAUCAACUAAAACAGAUAUUGAACCCAACCUUGAAGCUGACAAAGAUGCAGACUUAAAAGUGGAAAAACAAACUCAUCAGUCUGAAAUGAUGGAUUUUAGAAGCAUUCUGAAAAGUAUUAAACAAUCAUUUAACCACCUCCGAUCGCCAAGUCCUGAAACAACUAAAAGUAAUAAACACUCAAGAACAUCCACAUGAUUCAUGCACAAAGCUAGGCACCUUCUGUUACGUGAUCAAAUUUGUUAUUACAAGACGAGAAAUCUGCAGAAGAUCUCACAAGGGACAAAGGAGUCUGAUUAGUGUGGCUACACUUCCUGAUUGACUGCAUUUUUCCUUAUGUUUGUAAACUUCAGUGAACUCUCUAUCAU